AGCGCUAGUGUGUUGAUCACUAGCUUGGCACUCGGAUCGGAGCAAAGCAAAAGAACGUUACCGAGGGCUGUAGAGAUCACACGGAGCGUUGCAAAGGACAGCAUCUCACCAAUGAUGACGCGUUUGGUCAGUCUUGGCAUAGCUUUGACCUCGGCGGCAGCUCUACAGCCACCUGUAGCACGGAGAGCGUUCCGCAGCUCUCCGGCACGGCACGCACCAGUGGACGCCGUCGCGGCAAAUGCACCAGCGAUCGACGCCACCGCUGCGACGCUGCGAAUAAAGGCCGCCGCGCGCGUCCUCGGCGGCCUCGUUGGCGCCGCGGCCACUCUCACACCCGGCGCGGCGCUCGCCAAGGGCGGUGGCUACGGCGCCUCGUCCGCGCCGUCUUCCUCGUCCUACUCGUCGUCAUCAUACUCGUCGGCACCGAUGCGGUCGUACGCGGCGCCCGCGCGGACCGUGGUCAUCCGCCAGCCGACGCGCAGCUACUACGUCGGCGGCGGCGGGCCGGUCGUCGUGCGCCCGCCGAACGUUCUCGAUUACGCCCUGCCCGUGGCGGUCACGGGUCUUGUGCUAGCCAGUACCCUCGGCGGCGAGGAACGCGAGGGCGCGCAGCGGCGGAGGCGGUCGGGCGGCCUCGCGUUGUAUGCUCAGGAGCUCGCCGACGUCAAGAGCCUCAUGCGGACGCUGGAGAAAGACUUCGACGCCAGCAGGGCUCCGGUGCAGCGGCCGGUGUCCGGCCAGUACUGCGGCGACAGCGCCGAGGACGACAAAGGCGACCAGGCCGUCGUGUCAAAUCUGAGCUUUGGCGCGGACGGUUCUAUCAAGGGCGACGGCAUAGAUGGGGUCGAUGGCGCGUACACGCUGUCCGGGCGCUGGUCCGGCGACCGCUGCGCGUGGAUCGAGCGGUACCGCGACGGCUUCGAGGUCGCCGUGACUGGUACGGUGGAGAGGAGUGGCGACAUCUUUAUCCUCUUUUGCUCGUCGCGCGGCAUUUCUGGGUCUGCGGACCUCAAGCUGCGGACGGCCGCGUGACCGACUCCUUGUGCUUUUUUACCUGUCCCCUUUUCCCCACGCCUUCGACGCGAUAACUAACUAGACUUGUGCUCAAUAGACCGG